CAGGAGGGGGCGGAGAGGUGACUGGGUCUGCGCAGGCGCAGACAGAGGCUGCCGUUCUGCAGCGGCCCCGCUGAGCGUCUAGACCUGGGUACGCGUUUCACUCCAGACUCCGCGGGAGCACAGGCGAGCCGCCGCUCCCACCCAGCCCCACGCCCACCAGGUGCGUUGAUCGUCGCCCUCCUGUACCCCACCAGCGGCGUCCAGUCACCUAGCUUGUCAGGGACAAAGGGAAGGGAGGAGCAACCCGGAUCAGCCCGGAGAACGAACACGUAAGCCCCCUGCGGACCCUCCGAUUGCCCCGGGGGAAGAUCGUUGUGUCCGGCCAGCUAGCAGGUAGCUGUAGCCUAGAGCCCCACACCCAGAGUCCGGCCUCUCACCCUGCGGGUGGCCUUUCCAGAGUAGGAUUGACCCAGCUCGUGUUCAGCAGCCCACCCCUUUCUCGGGCUCCCUCCCGCCUAAGAUUAGCCUCCGCCGGGCAGCGCCAUGACGAUGAACCUUUUGCAAGACUGGUGUAAGGAGCUGGAAGUGGAGGUGCACAGGGCCCUCCUGAUCACUGGCAUCCCUGAGCGCCUGCAGCAGGCGGACAUCGAAGCUACCCUGAGGCCGAAUUUGCAGCCCCUAGGCAACUACAGGCUUCGGACUGUGAGAGCUGUGACCAAGGAGAAGUCUCAGGCCGCCCUUGUAGAAUUUGGGGCUGACUUCGAUCACUCUGCCAUUCCUAUCCACAUUAGGGGAGAGAAUGGGAUCUGGAAAAUCUUGAGUAAGGACCGCGGGCAAGAUGCGCGGGUCCUUAGGCAGAUGAGGCGCCUGUUGCUGGAUGAAAGACCCAUGGAUGACUUCAGAGAAAUAGCCAUCCCUCUGGUAUUAGAGGCCCAGGCCCAGGCCAAGGGAUUAGGGAAGGAGGCCAAGAAGGCUGGCUCCUCUGAAGGGGCAGCUAGAAGCGGCCGUCGGGGCCGUCGGGGAGGCAAGCGCCGAUCCAGAAGCCACAAGUUGACGGCUCAGAAGGGCCAGAAGAGGAGCCGGGGAGGGCGCCGAGCCAGGAGUGAGUCGGAAGACUCUUCCGAUGACAGCCUGGGGAUCGUCAUAGAGGAGAUCUACGCAGAGGACCUGAGCGUAGAUGAAGACCAGAGGGCCCUGUAUGCCACGCUCCAAGCAGCUGCCAAAGAGCUCACCAAGAAGUGGGCCUUUCGGGGUGACCAGGAGGAAGGAGAUGGCCCCCGAGAGUUCUUGGCACUUGUCACUGUCACCGACAAAGCCAAGAAGGAAGAGAUAGAGAAAGACCUUCCUGGGACAGAGUCUAUCUGCUUAAACAUCAAAGACGAAAAGAGCGGGGUCCCUGAUUUAGUCGCGCUACUGGCUGUGAGAGAUACCCCUGCAGUGGAGGUGGAUACAGAGGUGGAAGAUGAUGAUGAUGAUGAAGAUGAUGAUGAUGAAGAUGAAGAAGAUGAGGACGACGACGAAGAUGACGACGAUGAUGAUUCCGACAGCGAAUCUCUGGAAAACGGAGAGCAAGGAAAGGAAGUAAUGGAUAGCCCCGAGUUUGUGGCUAUCGUGGCUUAUACAGACCCCGCUGACCCCUCUGCCAGAGAGGAAAUGCUAAAAAUCGCUUCCGUGAUUGAGACCCUCGGCUGGGGCGAUAAAAAAGACAAAAAAGAUGUCCUUCCUCAAGUCCUGUCCGUCAUGGCCAAGGACACCUCUGGGCCUAGGGUGAAGGUAGAGGAGGCAGGCCGUCAGGUGGACGCCAUGGUCCUGAGGAAGGCAGAGGAAGAUGGGAAUCUUCUGGAAUGCAUUUCUACCUUGGCCGAAGCAGAGAACUGCCCCAAGGGAAAGAAGUCUGGGCUAGGUCUCCUCAGAGGCUGGACCGCUGAGGGCCACCAGGGUGGCCUCUUGGAGCUGGUGGCACUCCUGGCUGCGCAAGAUAUGGUGGAAGCCGUGAGAGAGGAAGAAGCCAGCAGGUGGGGCAGUGGUGGAAGUGGUGGCCGGAAGUGUGAUCAUAGCCAAGGUGGUUUAUCUGAGGUCCUGGCUUUCCUGGCCUCCCAGGAGAAUCUAGAAUCCAACGAGGAAUCGGACGAGGAUUCAGACACAGAAUCAGAGGGAGAUUCCGAGGACACUGACAGCGAAGAGUCAGAACCUGGCGACAGCGUAUCCAAGAAGCCGCGCGCCAAGAGAGCGCGCACCGGCUCCAAAGGCCUUCCACCGGCCGGCGCCACCGCCGUCUCUACCGCGUCCCGGGCACGCAAAACCCGCAGGGGUGGCCGCGGGCGUGGCCGGGCUGUCACCCCAGAGAAGAAAGCGGGGAGCGGGGCUUCAACCGAGGACCAUGCGGGGAACAACAACAAGAAGAAGAAGGGAUCCGCAGGCGCCGGGGCCCGUGCCAGGGCUGGCGAGGCCAAGGGACAGCCAGCAGCUGUUCCGAAGUCUACCCGCGGAAAGAAAGCACGCAGGGGCCCAAGGCGGGCGCCCAAAUGCCGUUAGUGCCGCAGAUGUCACUACGAGCCCUGUCUCUUCUGUGUGGACUUCCCUCUCCCUCCCUCCCUCCUAUUCUCUCUCCUCCCUGCAGUCCCCCUCUCGCUUAACCGUGUGCAUUUGCUUUGUGCUCUGCCGCGUCCCUGGCUGGCUAUGGCCGGUGCCCAGCUUUCCCUCUCAGUUCCGUGAACAGAAGCGUGAGCGAUCAUUAUGGCUGCAGCCUAGAUACGACAAGGAAAAAAGAGACAAGACACUCGAAUGCAGUGGCCGGUGGGUGAGGAGGAGAAAUGGGCGUGAAGACACCGAAGGGCUCUGCUCUACUUCUGGAGCCCCACCUCCCCCGCCUCGCGCGAAGUGACCAGUUCGUGGUACCUGGACCCUCUAGGAUGUAACAGAAGUUCUGACCAGCCUCACACCCAGACUGAACUGUCCAGCUCCUCGGUGGGGACAUACAGAAACUGCAAGGGGCGUAGGUACCUCUUUAUACUCAGAGGUGGCCCCUCUCCUCACUUCCCAGGAUCAGUGUCGAUGAGGGGACAGAUGGAGAAGCAGACCAGAGGGGCCCAUGGGCUGGAAAGGAAACCCCACUUCAUGUAGGCUUAUGGACUUGGGGUCUGGUGGCUGGGGAGGGCCUCACAUGUCACUGUCCCUUGAAUAGUUAUAGGUAUCUGUCCUUGUGUGUUGUGACCUGGGAUCCUCAAAUGAAGCAAUGAAGCAUCUUAGCUGUUGAUUUUUUUCUGUGGUCUGGAAAAUGGUGUGAGUGCGUACUAGGUUGAGGGGCAUGCUGUACUGUCAUGGCUGACACACGACGUCCCUGGGUCCUGCUCCCAAGACGCUAUGUCUCUCUUGUCCUUCCACACUCCAGUUUAACCAUGGGCAUUGCCACAGUCCCUUUUCCCAAGCCUUACCCCAGAGCAAAAUCCUGUACUCCAUCUUGGGCUUUUAGCCUGGUCUGUGUCUCACUGCCAGGAAUGCCAGCAUGGCCAUCCAGGGGUGGGGGUGGGGGGGUUGUCUUAGCAGCCACAUCUGGCACCCGGUAGUGUCACUUCUCUCUCCAUACCCCUGAAGAGCUUGCUAUGUUAACACCAAGCCAAACAUCUUACAGUGAUCUGGACCCUCUUUGUCCGACAGUUCACCAUUGACUACCUAGAGGCAAUUCAAUUUACAUAGAAUGCAAAUGAAAUAAAGCUAAACAUUGUUAUUGUUUUUGAAGUC